CCAAUUUCAACAAUCAUCUCAUAUCUUCCUGAUGUUUUUUUUUUCAGGAGUCAGUGAUGCUUCAGUUUUGUGGGAACAAACUGGACAAGAAGGACUUCUUCGGAAAAUCCGAUCCAUUCCUGGUUUUUUACCGCAGUAACGAGGACGGAUCGUACACCAUCUGCCACAAAACAGAGGUGGUGAAGAACACUCUGGAUCCGGUGUGGCAGGCGUUUAAGAUUCCAGUCAGGGCGCUGUGUAACGGAGACUAUGACAGGAGCAUUAAGGUGGAGGUAUACGACUGGGACAGAGAUGGAGGCCACGACUUUAUCGGCGAGUUCAGCACCAGCUACAGAGAAAUGUCCAGGAGCCAGUCACAGUUCCACAUCUAUGAGGUGCUAAAUCCAAAGAAGAAGGGAAAGAAGAAGAAAAAGUAUCUGAACUCAGGAACAGUCACGCUCCUGUCCUGCCUGGUGGACACUGAGCUCUCCUUCCUGGAUUACAUCAGAGGCGGGACUCAGAUUAAUUUCACGGUAGCAAUCGAUUUCACCGCAUCCAAUGGCAACCCAUCUCAGCCCACCUCGCUCCACUACAUGAGCCCAUAUCAGCUGAACGACUACGCUAUGGCUUUACGGGCUGUAGGAGAGAUUAUCCAGGACUAUGACAGUGACAAGAUGUUUCCUGCUCUGGGUUUUGGUGCCAAACUUCCUCCAGACGGACGGGUCUCCCACGAGUUUGCUCUGAACGGUAAUCCACAGAACCCCUACUGCAACGGCAUCGAAGGGGUGAUGGAGGCCUAUUACCAGAGCCUCAAAUCUGUUCGCCUGUACGGACCCACCCACUUCUCCCCUGUUAUUAACCAUGUGGCCAGGUAUGCCUCAGCAGUGACGGACGGUUCACAGUACUUCAUUCUGCUCAUCAUUUCUGACGGCGUGAUCACAGACAUGGCACAGACCAAGGAGUCAAUAGUCAACGCUGCAGCUCUGCCCAUGUCAAUUAUAAUAGUCGGGGUCGGACCAGCGGAAUUUGACGAAAUGAUUGAACUGGAUGGAGAUGAGGAGAGGAUUUCAUCCCAAGGAAGAUAUGCUGAGAGGGACAUUGUUCAGUUCGUUCCCUUCAGAGACUACAUUGACCGACGAGGAAACUACAUUCUCAGCAUGGCCCGUCUGGCUAAAGAAGUGCUUGCUGAAAUCCCAGACCAGUUCCUGUCCUACAUGAGGACCAGAGGCAUCAAACCGGGGCCACUGCCGCCUCCCUAUACCCCAUGUCCUGCACCGGCCAUUCACCCCCUUCUUACCAGGAGGGUAAGUCGAAUUUAAAGGCCAGGGUCUGGCUCUGACCUCAGCCGGGCCGACUCUGCUGCCCUCUACAGUCUUUCUUCUACGUCUUCUUCUUCCUGCUCCUGAACGGAAGCUUUCUGAGAACAUGGUGAACCUCACCCACUCUCUCAUGUUGCACUUUCGGGAAUGUUCGGCCAUGACUGGUGACACGGAUCACCAUGAGUGGGCCACUCAUGAGAAAAAGGGGGAUUUUUUUUUUCCCUGAUCGGAAAGAUGUGUGGUUUCAGACAGGUCACAGCAGUGACGUGAAGGUCAGGACUAACUGCACAGUGACUGACCAGAGCAGUGACCUCUGCAGCUGCCAGACUGACAGGGUCCAAACUCUGAAGGCCCUGUUUUUACACACUUCUCCUCUGUUUACUGUUUUUAUUUCACCUCUCUCUGUCACUCAACAAAGUUCUGUUUUUCUUUCAUAUGUAAAUGUUUACAAGAGUCAGAACAGGACCGAAGGAUAUUUUUCAGGAAGAACUUUUUACCGAUCAAUGUGAAAACCUUUUUUUUUUUUUUUUUUUUUUCGGGUGUAAAACCUGGAGGUUGUGAAUUUGUAUAAAAGUAUGUAGAGCCUGCCGCCACACGUCUUCUUUACGGAGUGUGUUUUUAUAAAUAAAUGAAGCAUGUGCUAGUUUAAGAGAAGCAUGCACUGUU